CAAGCUUUGAUAUACAAGAUGUCUGGAAGCGGACAGGAGAAUGAAGAUGGCCUCAUAAGAUCAUCCAGCAGUGCCUCUGAGGUCAAGCCGAACGUCAUGAAGAUGGUCUGGCGCAACAACAAAGGCGUGUUUCUAAUUCUGCUUGCUCAAGCGACGGGAUCGACUAUGGAUGCCAUUGUCCGCUUUUUGCAGCAGGNNGGAGGUCAUGGUAUGCACCCUUUCCAAGUCAUCUUUGCGAGAAUGAGUAUUACGGCACUACUCAGUACCAUAUACAUGUGGUAUACAAGAGUACCUGAUUUCCCGCUUGGAGCACCUGCUGUCAGGGGAUGGUUGAUCUUGAGAGCUCUGGCAGGCUUCUUUGGCUUGUUCUAUUCGGUACAUUAUCUUCCCCUGGCCGAAGCCACGGUCUUUCGUUUUCUGGUACCUAUCAUCACCGCAUGGGCAUGUUCUGCAUUCCUCGGACAGAGCUUCAGUAGAACUGAAUUCUUGGCUGGAGUUACCGCUUUGCUGGGUGUAGUCAUCAUUGCUCACCCAGCUGCCAUCUUUGGCAGAGUAGAAGACGACAUUGAACUCCCGCACCGACCGAGCAAAAUCGAUCAAGUGUCUGCUGGCCAACGUCUUCUCGCCAUCUUUGUCUCUGUCAUUGGUGUGCUGGGUGCUUCUGCCGCUUACACUUUGAUCCGUGUCAUUGGCUCCCGCGCUCAUGCCCUCAUCUCGGUGAACUACUUUGCUCUGAUCAGCACUUUUGGAUCUGCGGGUGCUUUACUAGUGUUGCCUGGCAUGAGUUUUACCAUGCCCCAUGGUGCACGGGAAUGGCUUUUGCUUUCCCUUCUCGGUAUCCUCGGCUUCGUGCUCCAAUUUUUACUCACCGCAGGCUUGCAGCUAGACAGAACCUCAAAGGCCACGAGUAUGCUGUACACGGGUAUUCUGUUUGCGCUUGCUUUCGAUGCGGCCAUUUGGGGCGUCUUUCCCGGAUUCUGGUCGUGUAUUGGUGGUGCUGUUGUUAUUGCUAGCACGCUUUGGUCUGCGUUGCAAAAGUCAAAGGGAGUGGAGAAGGCAGUGGUCGCCAAGGAGGAGGUUGUGGAUGAGGAAAGUGCGCUGCUUGGGGCGCAGACUGAGGGGAGUGAGGAUGCUGUGAGGGCGGGUGCGACGAGGACCUCUGUGUAA